UGGGCUAGAAAAGAUGCCAUUUUUUCGUUGUUUGUGUGCGUGUUUCGCUAUUGUUAGCUCUGGCUCUAAUGCUACUCCUUUUCUUGGCCAUUUGCUUCUCGUGUUCCUCGUGGUCAUUUGGAAGGCCAGCUAAACAAUCUCUGCCUAAAUUAUCUCUUCGGUAGUAUUUAUACGGCAUUGGCUCUUUGUUUGUUGCAAAAACUGCGGUCUUGGAUUUGGUUUGGUUUCGGUCACUGCCUGCUUCAGGGGAAAGCUUCUCUCGACGCUCUUUGUGUGAUUCCAAGAUUUUGCUUUCCGUUCUGCUCCUUUAGGAAGGAAACGUGAUGAGUUCAUCCUUCUUUUUUUGGUAAUUUUUGGACCCCAUUUUGCCCCCUUUUUGCCGAAGAGAUUGGUCCUCGUGAACCCGCAUUAGGAAAUGACGCGAUUUCUCCUUUCCUUCUGCGGUUCUUGCGUUCAUAUUCAUACCCUCCUCGUUAACAGCAGCAAAUGGCGCUGCUGCCUGGGUAGGAUUCGGGCUUCUUCGUCCUAAAGGUAGUUGGUUGGUAGUAGAUUUUUUAGCAGAUUGAACUCUAGUUGCUUGGAUCUACUGCAUUGGCAUUGAAGUUACAGAAGUUCUCUUAACAAGCUAAGGAGUGCUUUUCUGUUCUCUUGAUUGGCUUCAAUGGCGAUGUCGUCAUCCAAUCCAAUGCGCAAGUACUCAUGGUGGUGGGAUAGUCACAUAUCCCCGAAGAACUCGAAAUGGCUCCAGGAAAAUCUCACUGACAUGGAUGGCAAAAUUAAAGUGAUGAUCAAGAUUAUUGAUGAGGAUGCUGAUUCAUUUGCAAGAAGAGCAGAAAUGUACUACAAAAGGCGCCCGGAGUUGAUGUCUUUGCUUGAGGAAUUAUACCGCGCUUAUCGAGCUUUAGCUGAAAGAUACGAUCAUGCGGCUGGGGAACUCCGACAGGCCCAUCGGAAAAUGGCUGAAGCAUUUCCUGAUGAGUUUCAGUUAGACUUGGAUGAUGACCUGCCAGCAGAAACUGCAUCUGCAGAAACUGACACUGACAGCCGUGACAUGACUCCAUUUUUCCUUUCAUUCAUCAACGCUGGUGAUUCAAAAAGACGCGCUAAAGAUGACCAGGACCAUGAGAAGCUGCAGAAAGAAAUAUCAAGCUUGUCACAGGAAAAUCAAGACCUCAAGAAGAAGAUUUCGUCAGUGUUCGAAAAGAGUGAUAAGGCUGAAUCUGAAGUUCUUUGUCUCAAGGAGGCCCUUGCACAACAAGAAGCAGAGAAGGAAGCUUCAUUUUUACAAUGCCAGCAAUCCAGUGAUCGACUACAGAACCUCAAGUCUGAAAUAUUGCAUACCCAGGAGGAGUUCAAGAGACUGAAAGAGGAGAUGCAAGACGGACUGCAGAAUUUGAGCACUGCAGAGGAACGAUGCCUUCUGCUUGAGAGAGCUAAUCAGAAUUUGCAUCUGGAGCUAGAGAAGCUGAAGUAUACCUCAAAGGAGAAGCAUGAAGAGCUAAACGAGAAGCACAUUGAGUUGGAAAAACUAAGCAUCUCUAUACAAGAGGAACAACUCAAGAGCAUGCAGGCUGAAAUGGCACGGCUAUCUUUAGAGAAGCAAUUGGCACAAGCACAGGAGAAGCUAAGACUUCUGUCUCUUGAAAAGCAUGGUGAAGCAAGUAAGAUCGAGAACAUUGAAGCAACCAAAGUUCUGCUUCAGAAGGAAUUGGAUAAGAUUCGAGAAGAGAACCGGAAAUUGGAUGAUCAAAACCACUCCUCUACCUCUGUGAUAAUUCGUCUGCAGGAUGAGAUAAUUUCGUUGAAGAAUGCACAGCAUCGCCUUGAGGAAGAGGUGUCUCGUCAUGUGGAGGAGAAAAAAGUGCUUCAGCAUGAGCUUUCACACCUCAAAGAUAACAGGGGUGACUUGGAGAGAAAACACUUUUCGAUCAAGGAGCAAAUACAAGUGGUGAAUUUCAAUGUCGAAUCACUCCAAUCGCUUGCACAAGAGAUGAGGGAUGGAAAUGUUGAUUUAAAAGAGACCAUAAUAAACCAUGAGGGUUUGAAAACCUUGUAUGUUGAGAAUUUUAUACAGCUGGAGAGAACGUUGGAGAAAAAUGCUCAUUUGGAGAGAUCUCUUUCAGCUGCAACUACUGAAAUUGAAGGAUUACGGGAGAAGAAGGCUGCAUUGGAAGAAUCAUGCAGACACUUUAAUUCCAAGAUAAAUGGCCAUCAGUCUGAGAGAACCAUGUUCAUUGCACGGAUUGAGGGUAUUUCUCAUACCAUGGAGAAGCUAUCAGAGAAAAAUGUGUUCUUGGAGAAUUUGUUAUCUGACAAUAAUACUGAGCUUGAGAUUCUUAGAAGGAACUUGAAAGAUUUGGAGGAAUCCACACAUACACUCCGCAACCAGAAUUCCGUACUUCGAUCUGAAAAGAGAACUCUUGUGCGUGAGGUGGAUAGUAUCAAUAGUGCUCUACUCAGUUUGGAAACCCAAUAUGCAGAGUUAGAAGGACGACACUUGGAUCUUGAGCAGGACAAAAACAAGGCCCUCGAUGAAGUGAUCAAACUAAGAGAGCUGUUGAGGCUAGAAAAAGAAAAGAACAAAGAAGUCACCAACUCAGGCGUGACUCAAUUCAAUGCUAUACAGAAGCAGAUAGGCCUACUGCUAGAAGAAGUUCGGCAUAGGGAGAAUCAGCUUCGAGAGGAGGAGCAUAAGAUUGUUGAAGCUCAGACUGAGAUUUUUAUCUUGCAGAGGUGCUUAGGUGACAUGGCUGAAGCAAAUUCUGGUGCGUCAGCACAAUUGUGGAAGCAACAAGAGGUAUGCAAGGUUCAAGAGGAGAAAGUUGCUUUCUUGUCACAAAAUAACCUGAAGCUAACAGAUGGAAUUGGUUCUGUGAUGGAAGUACUGCAUCUGGAUGAGAAAUAUGGAUCGUUGGAUCUAAUGAAGAUUGACGUAGUUGUGCAGCUCGUCUUGCAUGAGAUCAAGUGCCUGUUGAAUACUAUUUCUGAUGCUCAGGAUGUGAAGCAGAACCAGAUCCUUGAGAAGUCGCUUGUUGUCACACUUCUGGAGCACUUUGGGCGAGAAGUGGCUGACCUGAGGUCAGAAAGGAGUGUUAUGAAGCAAGAGUGGCAAGCAAAGAGCGAGGAGCUGCUGCAGCUGCAGAGUGAAAGGCAUGACCUCCUAAAGAUCAGCUGUGAGCUACGGAAGGAGAUGGAGGCUCGUAACCGCAAGGCGGAUGAGCUGAAAUCUGAGGCAAAAUUCUUGGUUCGACAACUCUCAGAGCUGCAAGAGUCACGGCAAUCAUUGCAAACAGAGAUUAUCAAGCUAAUAGAAGAGAACACCUCACUGUCUAGCAAACUUUAUGACUCCAGGGAGAAAGAGAGGUCAUUUGAAGAUGAUUUCAGUACUCUCGUUAGUGAAGUGGUCAGGACAGAUAUCCUUGGUGUCAUUUUUAGAAGCCUUCAUGAUGAGAGGACAUCACAAUUGCAGUGUUUGCAUGAGGAUUUUGGGUCUCUACAUGCAGCAGGCAACGAGCUUUAUCAGGAAAUCAAGCUGAUGAACAAGAAGCUCGGAGACCUACAACUUGAGAACAACUAUCUUGAGAAGGAACUCAAUAAAACGUUGAACAUCUGUGAUGGCUCCAGUGCAGAAAUUUCAACUGGAAGAAGGCGUGCGAUGAGGAGAGAUACCAAGCUAUUGAAAUCCGGCAGGAAAAGCCAACAAGAGAGUGGCACGAAUAUGGAACAGAGAAAAGAAGUUGACACUGCUGGCCUUGAGAAAUCGAACGAAAUGCUAAGGGAGGAGCUCCACAAGUUGCAGAGUGAAUUGCAAGUGCUUAGGAGCAAAGAACAGCCUGUGAUUGAUGUCAAGUCUUGCGACGCAGAGAUCACUAAAUUGCUGGCCAACAUGCAAUUGGCCACUGCCAAUGCGGCUCUCUUCAAGGAGAAGGUUCUUGAGCUCAUUGUUGCGUGCGAGAGUUUUGAGAUAAGUGAUAUGGUGCAGAAGGAGGUUCUGAAGGAGGAGAUUACUCGGAGGAACUCUUACGUAGAUGAGCUGAAGGACAAGCUAAACGCUAUUGAGAUCGAGAACAGAAGGCUGAAGGUUGACCUGAAUGGUGACUUCACAAUACUAGGAGCAUUGCAAACCGAAGUCAGUGCCCUGGAGAAACAAACGUUGUCGCUGGCCAAGGAUUGCUUGCCACCAAACAUGCUCAGGAAGGAGGAAAACCAAUUGUCACCUCAGCUGUCAAAUAUCUCUGUUAGACCAAGUGAAGAUCAAAAUGCGACAAAGAUGGUGAAGGAUAUGGAGUUGCAGAAACUGCAUGGAACCAUCAAAGCACUCCAGAAGGUGGUUUCGGAUACCGGGGUCGUUCUUGAGCAAGAGAGGCUUGAUUUCAACAGCAACCUCCAGGAUGCAAGGAAGCAGAUUGAGAUUCUGAAGCUCAAGGAGAUCUUGGACAGCGACGCCAGCGACGUGAACUACGAGCGGAUAAUGAAAGACAUCCAGCUCGACCUUGUGCAGACUCCCAGCCGGAGAGCAGCCUCGCACCGUCACAAGAAGAAAAACUCGCCGGCGCAGUCCAACGACGAGAAGAUGCUUGCACUGUGGAGCGUGGGCAGAGUGAGCAGUGGUAGCCGCAGGCACGAUGUCGACCUGCGACCACCGCAGAGCGAGGCACCAGAGAAUGACAAGGGCAAGAAGCGGUCUUCCUCCGAGCCGGUGUCCAUGAAGGAUCUAAGCGUCGACAAGAUGGAGCUCCUCCCAAGGCCCGUCGCCACGACGGAGCCGCACCGGGAGUGGAAGAAAAAGGUCAUCGACAGGCUCUCCACCGAGGCGCAGCGGCUCAGGGACCUCCGGUCCAUCGUCCAAGAGCUGCGAGCUAGCGUGGAGGCAUCUUCGGACACCGAACUCGAGGCCAUCAAGGCGCAGAUGAUCGAUGCCGAGGACGCCAUCUCCGAGCUGAUCGACACCAACGGGAAGCUCCUGAAGAAGGCCGAGGAGUUCACGUCCGCCGCCGACGGCAGCGACGUUGACCUCCGGAGCCGGAGUCAGCGCAAGAUCCUGGAGCGCGUCCGGAAGAUGUCGGAGAAGGCCGGCCGGCUGGAGCUGGAGCUGCAGCGGUUCCAGCACGCGCUGCUGAAGCACGAGGAGGAGCGCGCGGCGCGCCGCGCCGCGAAGACGGUGCAGGUGCAGCGGCGGUCGCGGGUGCAGCUGGUGGAGUACCUCUACGGGCGGCGGCGCGACAACCGGCGGCCCAAGCAGAAGCAGCGGGGGCCGUCAUGCUGCAUGAGGGCCAAGACCAUCGACGACUAACAACACCUCAGCUCCCGUUCAGAGUUCAGAGCCUAAUGAAGCUUUUAAUUACCCCUCGUUAAUCUUCAGAAAAAUGCAGUAACUUUGUUCUUGCUUAUUUCGUGUCGUUCUAGGUAAAUAAUUAAGUGGACUGAUCCUAGUUCGUGUCUUUUUUUUUUAUCUCAAGUAAGGUUAACGAUGUAAAUGGUAGCAGCCAGCAAUGGCAACUGUUCUCGUCAGUAAAUUUUUCGGCGUUCCUGUAAA